AUGGGAGAUCCUUAAAAUUUAUCUAUGACAAAGAUCUAACAUGGAAAAGUACGAUUUACUCUCGGUCGUUGGCGAAGGCUCGUAUGGGUUGGUGAUGCGAUGUCGGCAUCGCGAAACGGGACAACAUGUGGCGAUCAAGAAGUUUCUGGAGACAGAUGACGAUUUGACGGUGAAGAAAAUGGCGAUGCGGGAAAUUAGGAUGUUGAGGAAAUUACGCCAUGAGAAUUUGGUGAAUUUAAUUGACGUUUUUCGACGAAAGAAGCGAUUUUUCCUCGUAUUUGAGUAUGUGGAACACACAGUUUUGGAGGAAUUGGAAGCUCAUGCUGGCGGUCUAGGGUUUAUCGUUGCUCGGAAGCAUAUUUAUCAAGUUUUGAGGGCGUUGGAUUUUAUUCAUGCAAAUAAUGUCAUUCAUCGCGACAUCAAGCCCGAAAACGUCCUCGUCUCAAAACUCGGCGUCGUAAAAUUGUGUGAUUUCGGCUUCGCGCGUCACUACGACGAAAACGAGACAUUCACGGACUACGUUGCCACUCGUUGGUAUCGCUCGCCGGAACUUCUUGUCGGUGACACACGUUACGGCAAAGAAGUCGACAUCUGGGCUGUCGGCUGUUUAUAUGCCGAAAUGAUGACUGGCGAGCCCUUGUUUCCCGGCGACUCGGAUAUCGAUCAAUUAUUCCAAAUUGUCAAAGUCCUGGGCAAACCAAACAUGCGACACCAACUCUUAAUUUCACGCAACACGAUGUUCAAAGGGAUGAAACAAGAACAAAAUUCAAGUUUGGCCCAACUUUUCCCGGAUUGGAACCGGGACAGCUUGGAAUUCGUUACGCAGUGCCUUAAAAUGGAUACGAGUGCGAGACCUGACACCGCGACUUUGCUAAAACACGAGCUUUUUACGCGCGAUGACUUUCUGGAGUACUUUAUGCCGGAGUUGCGGGCCAAAAUGAACAAGGAGGUGCAAAAUAAUCCGUUGCUGAAGCGGAUGCAAAACAUGCAGGACGUCAAUGGAACGGUAAAUAAUCCGCGGAAAAAGAGUUCGGGGCGACCGGAGGAGCGAAAACUGGAGAAACACUCGUCCGGGCUGCGAAGAACGAGCGACAACGAGACAAAACAGUCAAAAAGCAAAGACAAGAUCACGCAAAUUGGCUUGUCGCUGUUGCCCCAUAGCCAGCCCCAAGUGACCCUCAACAAUUUGUACAAUCACAAUCAGAGCACGAACAUCAAGGAGACAAACAAAUUUUGA